AUGAGAAUGGGAAUGAGGAGAAGGAAGAAGGGGAAGAGAAGGUGGAGCCACAGCAAGCGGGAGGAAGAGAAGCUAAUGGCAGUUGAGAAGGUUGGUGCCCAGCAGGAUCCACCACAACAGAAGUCCAAGAAGGUCCCUGAGUCUGAGCAGAAGGCCAACACCGAAGGCCCAUGUCAGUCCCUAUCAGGUGAGAAGCCUAAGAGAAAGAAGCAAGGCCAGUUGCUCACUCACUGUAGCUUUAAGAAAUUCUUUCCGCAUAGCCAUCAUGGGCUGCUGGGCCACCCUAGCUGGUGCCACGAUUGUGGCAAGGGCUCUGGCUUUGGAAAGUGUUGCUGGAGGCAGAGUGGAGUCAGCACGGAGAAACCUCACAAGUGCAACAAAUGUGGCAAGGGCUUCCGGCUGAACUCCACUCUGCAAGAGCUUCAGCGUUGGCUCGGCCUUUAUCCAGCACCAGCACGUCCACCUGGGCAAGAAAAGCGGCCCUGGCCCAGAAGAGCCCUGCCAGUGCAACAUGUGCGGAAAGAGUUUUGGUGUCCGGCACAUCUGAUCAAGCACCAAAAGCAACACCUGGAAGAGAAGCCCUACAAAUGUGGGGAGUGUGGCAAAGGUUUCAACUGGAACUCUCAUUUGGGGCGCCACCAGCGGAUCCACACUGGCGAGAAGCCUUAUGUCUGUGAGGACUGUGGCCGGGCUUUUGCCUGGAGCUCACACUUUGACCGCCACCAACGUGUACAUUUGGGCAGCAUCCCAGCACCUGCCCCCUGUACAUGUCGCUUGACUGGGACCACGGCCUUGGUUAGCAAAGUCAGCACCAAACCUCACCAGUGCAGCGACUGCGGCAAAGAGUUCAACAAAAACGCGGCGCGGUCUAAGCAUCGGCGCGCUCACCACGCUGCAGACAAACCGUACUUCUGCAAAGAGUGUGGCAAAAGCUUUGGAUUAGACACAGCCUUGCUGCAGGACUGGCACACAGACCAUCCCAAUGGCUCUGCCAAGCCUUACACUUGCCAGGAGUGCAGCAAGAGUUUUGCCUGGAGUUCCCACCUCGACCGACACCAGCGUAUCCAUGCUGGGGAUAAGCCCUACCACUGUGAGGACUGUGGCAAGAGUUUCUCACAGAGCUCCCACUUGGACCGGCACCGGCAUGUGUACCGGAGCGCUGAGCACCCACCCCGCCACUGUCUGGACCGUGGCUUCCUGGGAACGAGGCGGAAGCAUCCUCGAGGGACCUGGCAGGCCUGCAAAUGCAGCAAUUGUGGGAAGCCCUUUUUGUGGCAGCACCCAGCCUGCAGUGAGGGUGGGAGGGGUGGGCAGGAGGCAGUGCGCUGUCAAGGCACACAGACAGGUGAGAAGCCCUAUUCUUGUAUCGACUGUGGGAAAGGUUUUGCCCAGAACUCAGCGCUGGUAAAGCAUCAGCGGACGCACACUGGCGAAAAACCUUAUAAAUGCCACAAGUGUGGCAAGAGUUUCAGUGUGCGCUCUAAUCUGCUGAAGCACCAGCGCACCCACCUGGGUGAGAAGCCUUACAAAUGCAGUGACUGCGGCAAGGGCUUCAUCCAGAAGUCGGACCUGACCAUCCACCGGCGCAUGCACACCGGGGAGAAAAACUACCAAUGCCCUGAAUGUGGGAAAAGCUUUCGGCGGAGCCCAAGCUUGUUAGCUCACCAGAGAAUCCACACAGGCGAGAGACCGUACCAGUGCCCAAAGUGCGGGAGGAGCUUUGCUCAACAGUCGAGUCUCACCAUUCAUCUGAGGAUCCACACAGGGGAAACUCCCUACCCCUGCCCCCAGUGUGGAAGGUGUUUCCGCCAGAGCUCAAACCUCCUUAAGCACAAGCAGCUCCAUGCUGGGGUAAGACCUCACUUGUGCUCAGACUGUGGUAAGUGCUUCGCUCAGCGCUCCAACCUGCUCACCCACCAACGGAUUCAUACAGGAGAGAUGCCCUACCUCUGUUCUGAAUGCGGACACACUUUCCGGCAGCACCGCAGUCUUCUUAUCCACCAGAGGUUCCACAAGGGGAAUGUGUCUAAUGGAUAUAAUUGCCCUGAGUGCAGGAAAAGCUUCACCCAGAGCUCAGACUUGGUGAAGCAUCUGAGAGUCCACACAGGGGAGAUGCCCUACACUUGCCUCUACUGCGGGAAGAACUUCCGGUACAUCUCCAAUCUCAACAGGCACAAACGCACUCACACGGGGGAAAAACCCCACGCUUGCCGCCAGUGCGGUGAAUGCUUCAGCCAUUUGUCCAGCCGAAACAUGCACGAGAGAAUCCACACGGGUGAGAGGCCUUAUGGCUGUGCUGAGUGUGGGAGGAUGUUUGUUUCCAGUUCUAAGCUUGCGCAGCAUCUGAGGUCCCAUGCUAAGCAGGUGUCCUACAUCUGUAAUAUCUGGUAA